AUGAGCUCUGACGAAGAAGAUUUUAACGAUAUCUAUGGUGAUGAACCCGCCACUAAGGAGGAAGUCCCAAAGACCGAACCAACCGCUGAUACUAAGAAAGAGGAUGCACCCUCUGAUAGUAAGGAUGCCGGUUCAAAUAACACUGCCGCAACUUCUUCCUUAGAUCAACUGGCUGCUUUGCAGGCGCUUUCAUCUAAUUUUAACCAGCAGCAACAACAGUCUAAUAGUAACGACCAAAGUACUACUAGUAAUUCAAAUAAUAAUGAUAAUGAAAAUAAUAAUAUUAGCAGUAAUACUGAGAAUAAGACAAGUAAUGAUGUGUCAUGGGAACAAUUACAACAAACUAUGUCACAGUUUCAACAACAAUCUCAAUUGCAACCACCGCAGAUGCCACAACCUAUUGGUUCCCAAAUGUCAGAGAACUCAGCACUAGCUGCAAACAAUGCCGUGAAGGCAGAUCUUUCAAGAGAUAUUUGUAAAAUGUUCAUCGGUGGUUUAAAUUGGGAAACUACUGAAGAUACAUUAAGAGAUUAUUUUAGCAAAUACGGUAGAGUUAUCGAUUUAAAAAUCAUGAAAGAUACAAAUACUGGUCGUUCAAGAGGUUUUGGAUUCCUAACUUUUGAUUCAUCAUCAAGUGUCGAUGAAGUCGUAAAGACUCAACACAUCCUGGAUGGUAAGGUUAUCGAUCCAAAGAGAGCCAUCCCUAGGGAGGAACAAGAUAAGACUGGUAAAAUCUUUGUGGGUGGUAUUGGUGCCGAUGUUAGACCAAAAGAAUUUGAAGAAUUUUUUGCCCAGUGGGGGACAAUCAUUGAUGCUCAAUUAAUGUUGGACAAGGACACAGGUAGAUCUAGAGGUUUUGGAUUUGUUACUUACGAUUCUCCAGAUGCCGUAGACAGAGUUUGUCAAAAUAAAUUUAUCGAUUUCAAGGGUAAGAAGAUUGAGAUCAAAAGAGCAGAACCAAGACAUAUGCAAAAACAACAGCAAAUGGGUGAUGGCAUGUCCGCCCCAGCAGGAAUGGCUAACCCAAUGGCACAAAUGUAUCAAAGCCCAAUGAUGGGUGGUUUCAACCCAAUGUUCAACCCUCAGGCAAUGGCAGAAUAUUAUCAGAAGAUGCAGGAGUAUUACCAACAGAUGCAACAACAAACGGGUAUGGACUAUACACAAAUGUUCCAACAACAAAUGUCUAUGAUGAUGCCAGGUUAUCCAAUGGGAGGUGCCGCCGCUAUGCCUUCCGGAACUACUUCUUCAGAUUCUGCUACACCUAACCAAGGUGAAGAUUCUAGUGGCAGCAAUAACGGUGGUGUACAGACAAUAGGAGGUGAAAGCUCAGAAAGGGCUAGAGGAACAGAAAGGGAUGGUAGCGAAAUCAGUGGUAUCGGAAGCGGUCAUGGUAAUAACAGUGUUGGUGGGGGUAAAUCUCAAAUGAACUUACCAAGAGGCCCUCGUGGUCCUUCACCUCCUUCAGAAAGCGAAGGUGGUGAUAGACCUUCACACGGUAGUGGCCGUGGCCGUGACAGAGAUCGUCACCAUAGGGGUAGCCACCGUAAUGGCUACCGUGGUGGGAGCAGCGGGUACCGUGGACGCGGGUACAACAGACGUAACAACAAUGGCUACCAUCCUUACAACAGGUGA